CUGAGCCGUCGCGGCUGCUUCCCCAUUCGUUAUCCCGUCUGCUCCACGAUCUCUGUUGCACUCAUUUUGAACCACCCAGGAUACCCCAUAGAUGCAGAAGAGUGAGCCCGUAUCCAGCGUUGCAUCUCCGUCUCGUCUUGAUGUCGCCGCCACCGCCGCCGCUGCUGCCGCUGUUCCUCCUCUUCCUCAUCUGGCAUGUCCCCUGCUCCCCCUCAAGCCGUUUCGGCUCACGAUGGGAGGGGUUGCACAUCGUGUAAUUACAUUUCGCUGAUGUUGAUAGUUACCGAAACUCCAUAGGUUUUAACAAGCCUACAACAGCCAUGCGCGCCAGGUGCAUAUGCUUGCUUUUGUUCGUGCCCACGUGCAUGACUAGCGGUGCCAGGGAUCAGGCGCAUACCAUCGACGACACAACGGGCACCACUCUGCUGCAAAUUUCGGGAGGGGAGCGAUCUGACCCCCCCAGCACGUUCGAGGCGUGUGGCGAGACAUGGACGUACGGUGAGAUCGCCUAUUGGUCCCGCACUCCCACUACAGUCUCGCACGUCGCAUGCGCCUCCAGCGCGAACGAAGCGACCAUUGGCAUUUGCCGGACGGAUGGCAAGGGACACAAUUUUUACAGCGCUUGCAAGGAGGAACCAGCCAACAAGUGCGAUGGAUACUCCGACAUGUCCGAAAACCGGGGGCUCUGGUUCGUCUUCUGUAAGGAUUUGACGAGACCCACCCCGGCGCCCACCCCAGCUCCGACGGCCUCGCCGACGGCAACACCGACGGCAACGCCGACGGCCUCGCCGACAGCCUCCCCGACGGCCUCUCGGACGCCCUCCCCGACGGCCUCGCCGACGGGCUCGCCACCCGACGGGUUGCCCGACGGAGUGGUGAUCGCUCCUGGGGUCCUGCCGGCCGAGAAUUCGGACGGGCACUCUACCGCCCCUGGGGCCCCGCCAGGCGGAGAAACGGUCGCGGAAGGAACGCUCGACGCCUUCAAGUCCUCCGACGGCCUGGAGUCGUCAGAGGACGUCGCGGGCGUGCGCGACGACCCCCACGUGCGCAACCUCAACAACGAGCGCUUCGACAUCCGCCGGCCGGCCCUGUACAGGCUGCUGCGCGUGCCUCAAGACCAGAGGCUCCCGGCAAGCUUCGAGCUCAGUGCCGAGAUGGGGAGCGACGGCGCUUCACCGUGCGGCGUAUACGUGAAGAGCGCGAGCCUGAGCGGCGCGUGGCUCGGCGGGCGCACCCUGCGCGUGAGGCCGCUGGCCCGGAACAGGGCCGGGGCGAACACGGCGGGGAGCGAGACGGCCUGGAAUUUCUCGCUGCAGGUGUCCGGGCAGCCGUGGAGGUCCUUCGCCCGCGCGGAGGCGGGCGCCCUCGUGCGCGAGGCCACCACGGGCAGGCUCCAGACCCGGUUCCUGUGGAGGGAGCAGUACGGGCAGCGGGCGGAGGCCCAGGCGCUGGAGUUCCGCGUCGGCGAGGAAGCGCAGGCCACCAUCACCAUCUCGCAGGCCUCCCACCAGGCCCUCAACGUGGACGUGGCGCGCCUCUCGAGGCUCGGCGAGGCCCGCCUGGGCGGGGUCCUGGGCACCGAGGGCCACGACGCGGCGGCCGAGCAGGAGAGCUACGAGUGCAAGAUGGCGAGACACCAUGGGCCCACCCACCGGUGGGCCUCCUGGGCCGACGGCAGCACGCGGAGCUCGGCUCUCAGCGCGUCGUGGGGCUGAGUGGCGGGCCGACCUCAUGCGCAGAGCUCGCCCGCCUGGCCGUCUGGCCGUCCCCGCCCUCCCCCCUUCCCUAGGGAU